UCGCCAUGGAAACGGUCACACCCCCUUCCGUCUCCUGCGGCAUGACAUGGGGAAAACACGCAAUGCUCUGCAAACUCUUCCAACUCGAAUCUGUAAAGAGAAGGCCAGGCAAACUUGAGAUGUCAGAGGGGCGUGUGUGUGCCCGUGCGUGUGUGCGCGCGCGUGCGUGCGUGUGUGUUAUGAGGCAGAUUAGGCUGUACGCGCCAAUCAGGGUAAUGGGCCUGUAAACCCGUGUGAUACAAGCAAAAGAAUCUGCUGCUUUGAGAAUCCGCUCAGUCAUAGUAAGCUCCUCUUAAAGCAAUGAGAUGGACCACAAGAUGCAUGCGUGUGCGUGCGCGUGUGUCUCUUGUCCGUCCCUUGUAAACAUGCAUGCUGCAAAUGUCAUCUUUGGAAAAAACUCAAUCGCUCUGCUCUCACGGACGGACGACCGCUGGACAAUCAAGUUAACCGUGAAUCGAUGAGACAAAGUCGCGCGGAUCUCAUUGGUGCUAAAGUAAAAAGUUCUGUUUGACGCGAAGGCUCGGCCAUCUUUUCGUAUGAAAAAAUGUGUUUGCCAAGAAAAUAUAAACUUGACGUCAACGUGGUGCUCUGGCACAGUCUGAAAUGAGGCCCAGGACAUUUUGCGGGAGUCAUCUCAACAGCCGCUUCUGGCAAGUUCCAUCCACUUUGUGGCUUCUGCUGUCGUCCGAACCUCCCUCCCCUCCUCCCUCCCUCACCCCCCUCCCUCCAUCCCGAUCACGGUGUCCCGUCUUCCUCUUUGCCCUACGUACCUUCAUCAGGCUGUUACCGGGAUGCUAACCUGCUGCCAAUCUUGUUGUCUUAGUGCUGGUGACAGGUGUAGUAAACGGCUCUGGCCAGCCUCCCUCACACAUGCAGACGCAGGAUGCGCCUUUCUGACGUACUGCGCGAGGGAGUCAGCGCUGAAAGCCCAGAGCGCCCUGCACGAGCAGAAAACACUACCGGGGAUGAAUCGGCCCAUCCAGGUGAAACCGGCAGACAGUGAGGGCAGAGGAGAGGACAGGAAGUUGUUUGUGGGCAUGCUGGGAAAGCAACAGAGCGACGAGGAUGUCCGAAGGCUGUUUGAGCCCUUCGGCAGCAUCGACGAGUGCACCGUCUUGCGAGGACCUGACGGUACCAGCAAAGGGUGCGCUUUUGUCAAAUUCCAGGGACACGCCGAAGCCCAGGCUGCAAUCGGUAGCCUGCACGGGAGUCGCACAAUGCCUGGGGCGUCGUCCAGCCUGGUGGUGAAGUUCGCCGACACGGAGAAGGAGCGAGGUCUGAGGCGGAUGCAGCAAGUGGCCUCGCAGCUGGGCAUCUUCAGCCCCGUUAGCAUCAGCUUCCCCGCCUACAACGCCUACACGCAGGCGGUCAACGCUCAGCUGGUCCAACAGCAGGCUCUGGUCGCCCAGUCGGCGUACUUGUCCCCCGUGGCCACCGUCGCCGCUGUACAGAUGCAGCAGAUGGCGGCGCUCAAUGCCAACGGAAUCAUCGCCACGCCCAUCACGCCCAUCACUCCAUCUUCGGGGACGAACACUCCACCGACUAUCGCGGCUACGCCCGUGCCAGCUCUCCCUCCGCCGAUCGGUGUCAACGGCUAUGGCACCGUGUCCGCGCCGACCAAUGGGCAGCAAGGAACUGAGACUUUAUACACCAAUGGCGUUCACACAUAUCAAGCUCAGACUCCAGCAGCCUUGGACCCGCUACAGCAGGCCUACGCCGGCAUGCAGCACUACACGGGUGGGUGCUCGCUCGUCUUUGAUGCGGCGUACCCCGCCGCCUACGGAUUGGUGGACCAGCCCUUCCCCCAGCAGCCCACGCUGGUUGCCCAGCAACACCAGCAGCCCCAGCAACAGCAGCAAAGAGAAGGUCCCGAGGGAUGCAACAUCUUCAUCUACCACCUGCCUCAGGAGUUUAGCGAUUCCGAAAUGCUGCAGAUGUUUUUGCCCUUUGGCAAUGUCAUCUCAGCGAAGGUGUUUGUCGACCGGGCCACCAACCAGAGCAAAUGUUUUGGCUUUGUGAGUUUCGACAAUCCUGCCAGCGCUCAGGCCGCCAUCCAGGCGAUGAACGGCUUCCAGAUCGGCAUGAAGAGACUGAAAGUGCAACUCAAGAGGCCCAAGGAUGCCAACCGCCCCUACUGAGUAACAACGGGAAGAGGAACACACAAAUGAAGGUGACCUUUCCAAGCAGAGGUGGAAAUUCCAGAGCGCUUUCCUGUCGCCUCUGUGCAUCGGCGAAGUGCAUUCACAUACUUGCAUUGACACACACACACCCGCACACACGCACACACACGCACACACACACCCAUGCACACAAGUGUACAUACCACACUCGGUGAGAGCGCCACCUAGUCACUGACGGGGUGUUUAAUUACAAUGCGAGCCUGCCGUAUGUGAACGGUUUACUCCCCCCACGCCCCUCUGAAAAAAAAGUGCUGAUAUAUCACUUCCAUAUACAUCUCUAUUACCUGACAAAUAUAGAAGGACCCACUGGCUGGCGGUGGGUUCAUUUCAGUAUGAGGACAAAAAAAAAGUCAGAUUCACAGAAGGAAAACAGAAAAAAAGGACAUCAUGUAAAUAACUUAGUGGACAAACAGCAUUUAAAAGACUUGCAAAAAGAUCUUUAGCAACUCUGAAAAGGGACACAACAUUAUUAUUAUUGUCAUUAUUAUUAUUGUUAUUAUUACUACUACUACUACCACUAGUAACAUUAUCAUCUUCAUAAAAAUUGAUUAUUACAUUCCAAAUUGUACAAUGGGAGAUCACUAACCUAUUUUAAAUUUCUACGUAGAUUUUAGGUGAAAAACACAGGGAAGGGGGGGUUGCACUUUUAUUCGGGAGGUUUUAAUAUUUGAGCUAUUUUUUAUUUAUUUAUCUAAUUAUUUUGUUUAUCGAGGGGAGAAAGGGGAUUUGAGUGGGUUGCAAUAUUUUCAUUUUAGAAUUUUUCUAGAGAAAACAAAAGAAAAAAACAAGACGUUCCGAGGGCCCGUUUUGUGUCAGACUCUCGCAAUGGCGUAAUUAUAAUGUAUGUAUUAUUAAUGACGACAACAAUUAUAUUUAUUUCUAAUUUAUUGAA